GGCGUAUACAGGUCGAGUAUAUAAGACAGUCUGCGGACACAGUGAAGUCGCAGUCUCCCUUCCACGUAGCUUGUGCUCGAAGCAACUGACCAACGGUCGCCAUGAACGCAUUGGUUUGCACCGUCCUCCUCAGCGCCCUGGUAGGCAGCGCUCUUAGCGGAUUCGUCGGCGGCGGCGGCGCUGGAGGCCUGGGAGGUGGCGCCGCCCUCGGCGGUGGCGGCUAUGGAGGCUACGGCGGCUAUGGCGGCUAUGGCGGAGGCCUCGGAGGCUACGGCGGAGGUUUGGGAGUCGGUGGUGGUCUCGGAGGCGGUGGCGGCGCCGUGGGUGUCGGUAGCAGCGUCGUCCUGCUGAACGGUGGCCGAGCGGGCGCCAGCAAGGCAGUCGCUGGACCAGCGUUCCUAGUGCGCACGGUGCAUCACGUCUCUCAGGUUCACGGCGGCGGUGCCAUCGUGGCCCACUCGGGUCUCGGAGGCGUCGGUGGAGGUGUCGGUGGAGGUGUCGGAGGAGGAUUGGGAGCUGGUGGUCUCGGAGGCGGUUACGGAGGCCUUGGUGGAGGUUACGGAGGCCUCGGCGGAGGUUACGGAGGCGGCCUCGGCGGAGGCUACGGUGGAGGAUACGGCGGCGGAGCUGGCGGCGGAGUCGUCGGCAAACUUCUGCUCGUCAAGCACCACAAAUAAGCGUCACAUGUCCCACCCUCAUGUUCUUUCCUCACAAGCAGAGUGAAAAGGCGUCCAGCUCAACCUGUGCAGCACCGACCUUCAUGCCAGAGUGACUUGCGUCUGUGAUCUAAGUCGAAGAAACCAUAUUAUGUAUUCCCGAUGGAUUGUAAAUACACAUCAACCCGGAUGUUGCUUCCCGUUACCAAA